UUUUUUGCUCAUGGAUUUGGAUCAAACGCCUUGGCGUGUUGUAGCUCAUUUGGUGGACGAGAUACGAUUGAACGUAAAUCGUCGCCUAGACCAUCUUGAACAAUGGCAGAUUGUUAUGUACACAUUGGCUUUGCUUCUUUUUGUACAAUGGGUGAGGAAAGUACUGAAGUUUGAGGAGGUUGUCUCAUUUCGUAGGGCGUGGCAUGAAAUGUUGAACAGUUUGCCUAUGUAUAGAAAGAAAUUGGAUGAGGGACAAGAGCUUACCUACAAGGAAUUUGAAGAUAGAAUACAUCGAGCUGAUAGACUUAAAGAAUUUUACAAAUAUUUGCCGGACCGAGGGUUGCCAGCUGAUGACAUUAUUCGUGAGGCGACAUCCUACAAAACGAUGGGCGGAAUUUUGUUUGAACGUGGACAUUUGUGUGGUUCAAUGUUUGGAAUUGAAGAUGAGGAUGGGAAUUAUCAACGACUAUUAAAACAAAUUUUUGAGCUUUAUUCAUUUACAAAUGUUGCAUUUCCCGAAGUAUUUCCUUCUGCUCGAAAAAUGGAAGCGGAAUGUAUAAGAAUUCUUUGCAGCCUUUUUCAUGGAUUGGAUAAGAGUUGCGGUGUUUUAACAACGAGCGCUUACCGCAACAGUGCAUACAAAAAAGGAAUUCGAAAGCCAGAAAUGAUUGUUUGUCCAAAUGCACAUAUUGCAUUCUUUAAGGCGGCUAAAUUAUUGGGAAUGCGAGCAGUUCGUGUUAGAACUGGAAGUAAAUAUGAAGCAAAUGUUGGGUCAAUUAAACGAGCAAUUGGCCACGAGACAUGCAUGAUUGUUGCAAGUGCUCCUUCUUAUGUUAACGGUGUUAUGGAUAAUUUGGGAGUCCGCUUUGGAGUGCCUGUCCAUGUGGACGCAACAAUUGGAGGUUUCAUAAUUCCUUUCCUGGAACAAUGUGAUUAUCCAGCUCCAAUGUUUGAUUUUCGAAUUUCUGGUGUUUCCUCAAUAAAUUUUGAUCUACAUAAGUAUGGCUAUUGUCCUGUUGGAUCAAGCGCUGUUCUAUACCGAGAUCAAGAAUUACUCCAAUGUCAAAGCUAUUCUAAUGUUGAUUGGCCAGGUGGUAUUUACACUUCUGCUACAUUGGAUGGUUCUCGUCCUGGACUUCUAAUUGCAUUGACUUGGGCUUCAUUACUUUACUUGGGCCGACUUGGUUAUGUUGAAAGAACUCAACGAGUUAUGGACACAUCAAGAAUGUUAAAGCACAGAAUUGAGGAAGAAAUAUCUGAUCAUUUGGAGGUUUUAGGAGAACCUCUAGGUCCGGUUAUUGCGAUCACAAACAAAAGUUCUUCAAAAAUAAAGAUACAUGCGUUGGGUGAUGAGAUGCAUGAUUUGGGGUGGAGCUUUACAUUUUUGCAGAAUGUUCUUUUUGGAAUUUCUGGCGCCUUUAUGGACAGAGGGGUUGCUAAUCUUCUUUCCAACGCUUUGUUGGAAGCAUAUUAUUCGACUCCAACUUCACCUCAUGGAGAAAUGGGAUUGCGUAAGCGCACGUUAAGUAUUGAAGGACGUAAACUUUCACAAUUACAAUUGCCAAGUGGUAUCUUUGGCUGCUCUUCGUGA